AUGCACCUGCAGGAGAUUAAAAUGCGUCGGUCCGUUGAAAUGGACGAUCAUGACCAGAAUCAGUCCGAGACCGACUCGAUACUGUUGGAUUCAACGCCAUUGCCACGGGUUCAACCCGAGAGUUGGGUGCGCUUUGUGAUGGACAAGAUUUGGUCACUUACGUUCUUAAGUGUAGCCUGUUUUGGGCUCUAUGAAGUAAAUUUUGUAUCGGAUUUACUCCACGCGUCCCACGCCAAUCGCAAUUUUGUGCACUUGGGCAUUUUAUUCGGGACACUUUUGGGUCUUUUUGGCGGCUACAUUGAAGUCUAUCGCAGUAUGAUUUUAGGGGAACGUGUUCAUUAUGCCAAUGCCAAGACGGCGACUCAUGGAAUGUUAGUGUCGAUUAUGGCAUCUGGGAUCUGUUUGGCUAUUGGUAUGUGGCCAGUAUGGCAUUGGCUUACUUUUCCGUACCUUUUUAUGUGGUCCUGGGGUGUCGUGGUGCAACUAUUGGUAAUAUUACCACCAAUUUUAGUGCGAGUGGUAUUUGUAAGUGCCUAUAUUUGGUUUAUGCACUCGUAUCUUUCCAUGUUUCUCAUAGGGGUUCAGUAA